AUGGCUGGGUUGCAAGGGCUGAGGGGAGUGAUAAAGAAGAUUGGUCGGCAAGACAACCUCCAGAUGAACAUUUGGGACCUAGAUCACAUGAACAAGAUAGUGCCACCCUUCCUCUUCAAUAUGCACAGUCACAGUGUCGCCCAGUCAAGAGAGUCUGGUGAGAUCCAGCCUCUUGUGGAGGAGGGGGACAGUCUGGGAGGGUACUCUCAGGAUAGUCUCACUGAGCUCAUCACUUUUGCCGGACUCUCUCACAUCGACAGUGUCCUCAAGCCAAUACUGCAUAUCUAUCAUGUACCCCCCACAGCCUCCCAGGGUAACAUUAUCCACUUACAUGUACCCCCACAGAGACAGGAUCGGUACAAGGCCGUCCAAUUGCUGGUGGACCACCUGGAUGCCAAGGUGAAGGAGUCCUGGGAGACCAAACAAGGGAUCCUCGGCACACUCUCUAAGUGUGUUGCCGUGGCAGCAGACAGCUCUCUAGGUCCGUCUGUACUGGAUAUAUUCCGUACACUGGUCCGCCACCUCCGUAUCUCCAUAGAAACCGUUUCAGAAGGCCCCUCCGACCUCACCUCCUCUCUGACCUUUCAGCAAUCCAUCACUAUCACUGUGGAGGAGUUUGCAGGAGUCCUUCCCGACUAUCACAAGCCAGAUAUACUGGGGCUCAUCAGCUCUUAUGUACCCGUGGCCUCAGGGGGUCUUGAUAGCGGAGCCACCACUGGACUAUCUGUACAUCCUCUGGCAGCUCAGGACACUCAAAACAGCCCCAUGUUGACUACCUCCCUGGUCAAGUUUUGGAGGGCGGUGGCUGACACCUGUCACGCAUCAGUGCUGGAGACUGCGUUCCCAGGGCAACUGUUUGCCUCCCUCAUCCAAUUGCUCCUCAUUCGAGAGCCCAGCACACAGCUAGAUGUGGCCCUACUCUGGCAUCGUCUCGUAGAUCACCAUGCCAAAAAGGACAAGAUUCCUCUCAACACGUCCAUAUGA